CUUCGCUAAAAAAUUUCAGGGAUUAUUGUUUACCAGUUGCUUUGAUGCUCAUAAGUCGCAUGUGAAAGCUGACAAAUUUUUUUUGUCUGCUAUUGGUGCCAUUACGAUUCUGUGAUAUCGGAGAUUUUGAUUUGUGAAGUCAACUGAGUUCGAAAAAACCUCUGUUUCCGGUUUGGCUUUUUUCAUUUUUUCUUUAUUGCCUUUGAUCAUGGCAUGGUUUCAGGACUUGGCUGGCAAAGCAGAGAGUCUCCUCAAUCGCAUGGACCAAACAGCUGCAGAAACUUUGCACUCUGGAUCUCCAGUUGGCAGUAGCACGCAAGGGUUUCCCUCAGAUUCUAUCGGGAACAACCGUACAACUCGCCUAUCUCAUCGCCACUCCGGUUCGAAUGUCUCCACUGCGUCGGAUGCGCUCUUUGGAGGCGACCAUCGCUCUCUUCCCGAGGAAGCGUGGCACACACACGAUUUGGAAUCCGUUGAUAAUCCCGUUCGUAGAACAGCCAGUUACCAAGAUUUUGCCGCAUCACGAGAUCAGAGGAAAGCUCGGAGUAGUCCCAGAAGUAAACAAACGGAAUCCGAAUUAAUGGAAUUUUUGAACGCUGAGGAGCAAAAUAGUUCUGCCGAAGUGAACAGUCGCCGCGACUCAAACAAUACGCAGCACAUCCAAGGAAAUGACCCGCAUGUUGAAUCAGAAAUUUUGGAAAAAGCAGCGGAUGUGCAAGAUUCCGGAUCUGCUCCUCGUGAAGCUUUUUAUCGCGAAAAUCAGCUUCUUAAAAGUGAACUGCAGGGACUGCGGAAAGAAUCCAGUUUGGCACUUGCUCGAGCUAAGCGAGCUGAACAAGAUAUGGAAAAACUCCUUAACCAAGUAUCCGCUGAACGCACUAAAAAUGUGGCUGAAAAUAACUCUCGAGAAGCUGACUUUAUGAAUGCUCUCAAAGCCAAGGAUUCGCAAACAGCGGUUCUGAGGGUGAAAUUGGAACAAGCAGAAGGAGAAUGCCGUCGCAUUCAGGAGAAGUUGAAUAACGCGGAUUCUGAGUUAAACAGAUUGAAUCGGCUACAGGUGGACAUGGGUUCGCAAAAUGUGCAGAUGGAAUUCACUAAGCGGCAAAUAUCCGAACUGGAAACACAAUUGCAUCGGGAAAAGGAAGCUGCAGUAUCUCAGCAGAACCAGCUGGCGACGAGCAUUAAAUAUUUGGAGAAUCAAAAUCAGGAAUUGCUGGGUUCUGUUUAUUUACUGGAGAAAAACAUUGCCUCCGAAAAAAGCGCACGAGAGGAAACGGCAAAACAAAUGAGUUUAGCUCUAUUGGAUUGCGAUUUGGCCAGGCAGGAGUUGGUCGAUUAUCAGCAGAAGGCGCACAAAAUUUUGCAGUCGAAAGACGAACUGAUUGGUUCUCUUAAAAUGAACUCGGGAGCUUUAAAUGACGAAACAUCUAGAUUAGAAAUGAACGAAAUGGAAGAAGAAAAAGAAAUGCUGAGAACUGAAAUCAUUAGUCUUCAGAGCCGUAUUGAAAAUGUUACGAAACAGCUCCAUGCCAACGAAAUUCGCCACAGGGAAGAUGAAACAGCGUUGCGAUCCCAGGUUAUCAGACUAGAACAGGCACUGUCGGAAGAAAGCAACAAGCGGUCGGCAGCUGAAGCCGGUCUGCAGAGUCGAUCGGACGAGUUACGCACGGUGGAAGACGAACUAAACAGAAAAGAGCAGACUUUCCAUUCCCGAAUGAAAGACCGUGAAGAGGAGCUUAUUCGUCUGCGGCAACAGUUUUUUACUAGAAGCGAAUCGAAACCAUCAGAACAGGAACUGGAAUCUCGGAUGAGGAUCUUAACUGACAAUCUUAUCCAAAAGCAAACUCUAAUCGAAACUCUGAACACUGAGAAGAAUUCGAUGUCUGUUCAAAUGGAGCGCUUGGAGAGGCGGCUGAGGGAAUCUAGUCGAAAUAGUGCAAAUGAUUUUGUCCUUCCGGUGGCAUCCGGUCCCCACAGUGAAGCGUUUCGAACUAACGCACCGUCUUUUCUAAACGAACACUCUGGUGAUAAUGAAGUUUCGCGGAGGCUUAAGCGGGCAUAUUCAACGGUGGACCGCUUCAGCUUCCGGUUGGGCACAUUCUUGCGACGUUAUCCUUUAGCACGAGUUAUGGUAAUCGUGUACAUGCUGCUUUUGCACUUUUGGGUUCUUGUCGUUUUGUUUACUUAUACACCGGAAAUGCAUGGUACAGAGCAUUCGAAAAGAUGAUGUUUUUGAUUUAUUUCAUAAUUUGGAAUGAGAUUGGGGCGGUAAGGUUGGUUGAAGUUAUUAUUAAGUGUUGAUGUUAUAUGAAUGUACGGUACUGUAACUCAAUGGUUUGAUGACAACUGUUUGACAAGAACGUGCCUGCAACAUGUAGGCCUGCCUGUACAACAAUAAUGAUUUUACAAUUUAC